AUUUCUUCCCAUGUGAUGUAACUUUAGGGUGCAAAGGUGGGAAGAUGAGAGCAAAGUAGAUUUUUCUAAUCAAGAGACGAAGCCGGGAGAUUACUGCCGGCGUCUUUCAGCUCUCAACAGACGACUGCAGCGUGGGAAAAGUUACCACGACGUGUCCGCAGAGACUCAGUACCCCGCGCUCGCAGGCUGGCGGAAAAAACCUCGCGAGAGGUCACGGGAGCGUAAAGACAAGCCCCUCUCCCAGGCCGGAAACGCUCGGGUCAGCCCGGAAGUAGUGUUUACUCGGUGCACGUGGGCAGUUAGAAUGGCGGCUCACCGCUCCGGGCCGCUGAAGCAGCAGAAUAAAGCUCAUAAAGGCGGGCGGCACCACGGCGGUGGGGCCGCACAACGGGACAGCAAAGGUCGUGUAGGACCGAAAAUCCUGUGCAAGAAGCUUAAGAAGCAGCUGAGCCGAGUAGACCAGAGGCAUCGCGCCAGCCAGCUCCGAAAGCAGAAGAGGGAGGCGGUUCUGGCAGAGAAGAGGCAGCUGGGCAGCAAGGAUGGGCCUCCACAUCAGGUGCUGGUGGUGCCUCUGCACAACAGGAUUUGCCUUCCAGAGGCAUUUAAACUGCUUCAGAACGAAGACCUGGGAACAGUGUAUUUGAAUGAACGGGGAAGCACCCAUAGUUUUAUGCUUCUGAGCCCUAGCUUGAAACAUCGGUGGUCUUUCACAUAUGCAAGACCAGGGGAUCUGCAUACACUAUUAGACAUGGCUAAAGUUGCUGAUACCAUCCUGUUCCUCCUGGACCCACUAGAAGGCUGGGACAGUACUGGGGAUUAUUGUUUAUCUUGCCUCUUUGCUCAGGGCCUUCCCACCUAUAUGCUAGCUGUCCAGGGGCUUCCUAGCCUCCCACCAAAGAGACAAACGGAUGCCAGAAAGAAGCUAAAUAAAACAGUGGAGAAACGCUUUCCUGAAGACAAACUCCUGCUGCUGGACACCCGGCAAGAAUCAGGAAUGUUACUCAGACAGUUGGCUAACCAGAAGCAAAGGCGUCUUGCUUUUCGCGAUCGGCGAGCUUACUUGUUUGCCCAUGUUGCUGACUUUGUGCCUAGUGAGGAGAGUGACUUAGUGGGCACCUUGAAAAUCUCAGGCUACAUUCGAGGGAGGACUCUGAAUGUAAAUAGCUUGCUGCAUAUUGUUGGACAUGGUGAUUUCCAAAUGAAUCAAAUAGACGCGCCUGUGGAUCCUUUCCCUUUAAAUCCUAGAGUGAUUAAAUCCCAAAAGAAACCAAGCAUGUCAAUGGAGGUUUGUGUUACAGAUGCUGCUGCUGACAUGGAAGAAGGUCUUAAGGUUCUGAUGAAGGCAGACCCUGAUCAACAGGAGACUUUACAAACAGAGGUUAUUCCAGAUCCAAUGGAAGGCGAGCAAACAUGGCCCACUGAGGAGGAGCUGGAUGAGGCAAAUGACUCACUGAAGCAACGCUCCAGGGUGGUAAAGAAGGUCCCUAAAGGAACAUCCAAUUACCAGGCUGAGUGGAUUCUGGAUGAAGGCGAUGAAAGUGAUGGGGAAGGUGAUGAAUCUGAUGAUGACAUACAGCAUGAAGGUUUCAUGGAAGACGAGUCUCAGGAUGGGAGUGGCGAGGAGGAAGAGGAGGAAUGUGAAACCAUGACUCUAGGGGAGUCUGUGCGGGAUGACCUAUACGAUGAGAAAGUAGAUGAAGAGGAUGAGGAGAGAAUGUUAGAGAAAUACAAACAAGAAAGAUUGGAAGAGAUGUUUCCAGAUGAAAUGGAUACCCCUCGUGAUGUGGCCGCUAGAAUUCGAUUUCAGAAAUAUAGAGGCCUCAAGAGCUUCCGGACGUCUCCUUGGGACCCUAAAGAAAACCUUCCUAGAGAUUAUGCUCGGAUUUUUCAGUUUCAGAAUUUUGUUAAUACUAGAAAAAGAAUCUUUAAAGAGAUUGAGGAAAAAGAAACUGAAGGAGCUGAGGUUGGUUGGUACGUCACACUUCAUGUUUCUAACGUCCCUGUCUCGGUGGUUGAGUCUUUCAGGCAAGGAGCGCCCUUGAUUGCAUUUUCUUUGCUACCUUAUGAACAGAAGAUGUCAGUAUUGAACAUGGUGGUGAGCCGCAGCCCUGGCAACACGGAACCUGUGAAGGCGAAAGAAGAACUGAUCUUCCACUGUGGAUUCAGGCGCUUCCGAGCUUCACCUUUAUUCUCUCAGCACACAGCAGCUGAUAAACAUAAAUUUCAAAGAUUCCUGACUGCUGAUGCGGCCUUAGUGGUGACAGUAUUUGCACCAAUCACGUUCCCUCCUGCAUCUGUGCUGCUUUUCAAGCAGAGGAGAAAUGGAAUGCACAACCUCAUUGCUACAGGCCAUCUGUUUUCAGUGGAUCCAGACAGGAUGGUCAUAAAGAGAGUGGUUCUAAGUGGUCAUCCUUUCAAAAUUUUUACUAAGAUGGCAGUAGUGCGAUACAUGUUCUUCAGCAGAGAGGAUGUGCUGUGGUUUAAGCCUGUAGAGCUGAGAACCAAGUGGGGCCGCCGGGGACACAUCAAAGAGCCUCUGGGUACCCAUGGCCAUAUGAAGUGCAGUUUUGAUGGGAAGUUAAAAUCUCAGGAUACAGUAUUAAUGAAUCUCUAUAAGCGAGUGUUUCCCAAAUGGACUUAUGACCCGUAUGUACCAGAGCCAGUACCUUGGGUUAAAAGUGACAUCUCUUCAACAGUGUCUGAAGUAGACAUGGAGUAA